ACGAACCAACCACGUGACUUUGGAACCAAAGUCCAAAACAAACAAACCGAGAAGUUUUUGAUACCAAUAUGGCAGAGUCUCCCGUCUUAUUAAACAAACAUGAGGUGGAACAUUGCCUCAGUUACGACGAUCUGAUUCCCAGACUGGAGUCUAUCAUGGGAACGUUUUCUAAACGGGACAGUUCUGAAAUUAUCCAGCCUGUGAGAUCUGUGGUCCCCAUACAGCAACACAAUGGGUUUUUAGGCGUGAUGCCUUCAUAUCUGGCCGCUGAGGGUAUUUUAUGCACAAAGAUGGUGACUUUCUAUCAACGUGCACAGGGCUCCAGUUUACCAUCAACUCAAGCCACACUGUUACUGUUCGAUCCCGAGCAUGGGCAUGUCACAGCGAUAAUGGAUGGGGAGGCCAUCACAGCCAAACGAACCGCAGCAGUGUCAGCCAUUUCAGCUAAACUGUUCAUGCCAGCUCUUUCAAAGGUGUUGUGUAUCCUUGGUUCAGGGCAACAGGCUAGAAGCCAUUAUGAUGUCUUUACUAAGGUCUUUAAGUUCAAAGAGGUCCGAGUGUGGAGUCGAAGGAGAGAAAUGGCUCAUCGGUUCGUUAAUGAUCUCCAAGGCCCUGUUAGAGUUUGUUCUUCGGUGAAGGAGGCUGUGAUGGGAGCUGAUGUAAUAGUCACUGCCACAGGUGCUAGUGAACCGAUACUCUUUGGCGAGUGGGUCAAAUCAGGUGCCCACGUAGCAGCGGUUGGCGCUUGUCGUCCAGACUGGAGGGAAUUGGAUGACGUCUUGAUGAGAGAGGCUGUGGUGUAUGUGGACAGCAGAGAAGGGGCUACAGCAGAGUCAGGAGACAUAGUUCUGUCUGGAGCUCAAGUUUUCGCAGAGCUCGGAGAAGUUAUAAAUGGAUCCUUUCCUGCUCAGCGUGAGAAGACUACGGUAUUCAAGUCACUGGGCAUGGGGAUACAAGAUGCUGUCUCAGCCAAACUUGUGCUGGAGAAGUGGAACAGCGAACAUUGAAGAAGCAGCCAGCAGUUUCCUCCGCUGAUUGCACAACAGGAGAACUGGCCCCAACUGAACCUGCAGGCUUUUUUCUCCAUUCUGUCACCUGAUCGAGUUCAGGUUCCUCACCACUGUCACCUCUGGCUUUCUUAGUUGGGGACACUUUACUGUACAUUGAGAACUGAAUUGGACGAUGACAUCAUUUUUGGCUGAGCUGCUUUAUAGACAAAUUGAACUAAUUUAAUAAUUAAUGAUAACUGAAUUAACACUCAAAUGACCUAAGCUGAAAUGCAUACUUUUCCUGUUGUCACUUUAUAGUUGCUUUGAAACAAUCUCCUAUAUAAAUAAAGGGGACUUGACUGGAAUAGUCUCAUCUGCCAUGGUGGUGGCGGUGUCUUUCCCACAAUGAACAAUCAUGCAAACAAAACCGCUCUCCCUCUUUACAUAAAAAUGACUUGUGCUGCAUCAGAUAUCACAUACUCUAUUGUAUGUACUACAUUAGAUUUGAAACCAUUUUUUAAAUACAAUGAGGUAUAGCCAACACUGUGACAAAUGAAUUCCUGGGCCUAGUUACGUAGAUAAACUAAUGAUUUCAGCAGACAUGAAAAACAAAAGACAAAGACAAACGUUUUUAGAUUGGGUUUCUAUUUCAGACAUAAAGGUUAAUACAUUGUAGUUUUAGUGGAGACAGUAAAGCAAGAAUAAGCAUUUCAAACUGCCAUUGUUACAGAAUUUUCUAAUUGAAACAUUCCAUGUGCCAAAUUACAACCGUUUUCUUUUUAACCAAGACCAACUGUAAGUUUAAUACUUGAUGUCCGUAAGUCUUACAACAAAUAAGUUGAAUUACUGUUCUCAAAUAUCCACUGCAUUUAUCAGCAGCAAUGUUCAUGGAAGGAUAUCAAUCUUUAGAGGAUAUAUAAACCCCAUGACAGUGUCUACAAUAUAGAUAUUUCUGACAUGCUCAGCUUACCAACAAAAUCCUGGUCUGAAGCUAGGCACUGGUAGAUCUGUAGUCUAAAUACAAUACUUGGACUGUAAAAUGGAUAAAACACUGCCAGACUGACUAAAAUACAGUGAGAUCCACCCUUCGGAAUAUUCAGAUACAGUAGUGAAAAUAGGCUAUAUGCUGACAAAACAAAGCUAUUAUAUGCAUUUUAACUAGGUUUGUAUCUUAUACAGUUAAACAAAAUAAACUCUCCAACAUGGGAACCAUAACACAUCGAACCAAUAAAGUGUUUUCUUCAGCUGUCCUCUAGUAAAGUAGUUCCUUCAAUAUUACUGCAAUCUCUGACUCUUACAAGUACACAAUUAAAA